AUAUAUAUGUUCUUAUGAAGUGUUGGGGGCAUUACAAAGAAGGCCCAAAGAAGGGCCCCAACGAAGCCCAAUGAGACAGGGAUGGGUUGUCUAGUAGGAGAAGCCCAUAAAUGGGCCUCUGAAGCCCAUGCCAAGCAGGAGGAGAGGUGCAUGGAGACAAAACAAUAAGAGCUCCAGAAUAAAAAACGUUGUAGAAUACGAGGCAGUUAUCGCUGGCAUCUGCAUGUCAAAGGAGUUGGCCGCCCAGAAAAUACACGUCAAGUCCGAUUCGGCUCUUGUUGUCAAUCAACUCAAUGGGGUCUUCGAGGUGAAGGAAGAGGCACUCGAAGGUUACGUGCGAAGGGUGAAAGAGAUGGGUGCCUGGUUCAGCGAGGUCUUAUUUGCUCAUAUCCCACGAGAAGAGAAUGCCCAUGCAGACGCCUUGUCGAAACUCGCAACCGCAGUAGACUUCGCGGAGGACAGAAAAGUCAUUGUCACAGCGGAGGCGCCCCAGGAGCAUCUGAUAGCCACCCUCAGUGGCAUAGGCUCCACCAGCGGAUGGAUGGCGCACAUUGAAUUGUUUCUGACCCAGGGUGUGGUGCCUAUGACCCUAAGGAAGCCUGGCGCCUCCUACGAAAGGCGGCCGCUGUUCCAUCAUCGAGGGUCAAUUGUAUAAGCGAUCCCACGCAGGAACAUAUUUGCGGUGUUUGAACGAGGAGGAAAUCAAGGUGGCAAUCGAAGAGGUGCAUAGUAAAACAUGCGGCAUGCACGCAAGAGCUCGGAGUUUGGAGAAAACAUUGUUAUGACAAGGAUCUUACUGGCCAACGAUGAGAAGGGAUGCAAAAGCGCACGUCGAUACCUGUCACCAAUCCCAGGUGCACGCCAAUGAUAUUCACAUCCCGGAGGCGCCCAUGCAAGGCAACGUGGGAGCCUGCCUUUCGCUCAAUGGGGCAUGGACCUCUUGGGUCCUUUCCCCAAGGCGCCAGGGCAAAUGAAAUACUUAAUAGUCG